AUGGCCAAUCCAUCUGAAAUUCCGUACGUCCAACAAGACGUGUCCGUCGACACGGCCGGCUACAAGCGCAAGUUUGUCGUGCACUUGGUGCUGAUCGUGCUGUUGGUCGUGAACGUGAUCGUGUUGUACGUGCUCCACUUCAACGACUCGUCGAGCUCGGGUGUCAAGAUCACAGCGGACGCGUUCACGUCGAACGGGGACAUUGCGAGCAAGGUCGUGAGUUUCACGUCGACGGGCGCCGUGCGCGCGGGCGCCGGCACGACCGCGUACCUGGACGCGGCGCCCUUGCCCGCGGACGAACUGGCGUUCAUGUCGCUCGCCCGCAGCGGCGUGGACAACUCCAACACGGCGAUCCUGUCGUACUUUUUGAGAAACAAGACCACGUCCGUGCUCACGACUGUGACGGUGGGCAAGGACAACUCGGCCAAGAUCGCCGACGUGGCCAAGGACAACAGCUUCGCGGGCGUCCAGAUCCGCGGCAUCGCCACGCUGAGCAACACCAAGGCGGUGAUCCUGCAGUCCACGUCCAUGGGCGUCGUGCACGUGCUCCCCGUGAACAUUGCCGCCGACAAGUCUGUGGCCGCCGUGGCCGCGCAAAAGGUGCAGCUCGCCAACGGGUCCGUGUCCAACACCCUGGGGCGCAUCUCGGCCACGCAGUUCGCUGCGACCACAUUUGAAACGUACGUCGUGAACGGCUCGUGGUGGCAGAAUAUCCACGUGGGCACGGUGUCCCCCGCCGACGGAUCCAUCUCCGUGUCCGCGCCGCUGCGCUUCGGCGUCGCCAACGAGUACUCUGGGUCGGACUCGUGCACCAACUCCAAGCCCCAGGCGGUGCCGGCCAUCCCCGGCGCGUUCGUCGUCACCUGGUUCAACUCGAACCCGGUGAACCGGUCUGGCUUGUGCGUGGUCUUGGCGGUGGCCAACGCCACGGGCGUGUUUCAGCUGGGCGAAGUGUGCAACAAGAACUACCAGCCCGCCUACUUUUUGGACUCGACGUCGCUCUCGGAUAACCUCGUCGCACUCACGUUUUACGACAAGGCCAACAACAAUGCGCUUACGAUCGCCACCGUGGCCAUCACGAGUGCGCAAAAGAUCGUGUUCCGCGGCGACUACGUCAUCCAGGCGGUGGCCGGUGCGUUCGACUUUGGCUCGUUCUACGGGUGGUCGCCCAAGCCCAGCGUGCACUCGAUUAGCGCCGACCGCCUCGCGGUGUUGUUCUUGAACCCCAACAACCUCGGCCGCCCCACCACCCAAGUGUUCAAGGUCACGGACUCGUUCUCGCUCGAACCCGUGACCCCGCUCAUGCGCCUCUCCAACGGCGACUUCUCCCUCGUCGGCGCGUCCGCCGCGCCCAUGUCGGGCGCCGUGACCCUGGACAUCGUGCCCGUGUCCAACUCGAGCUUCAUCGCCGUCUACUCGGGCACGCUCGACAAGGUGCAGCACAAGCGCGUGACGGUCGUCGAGUUCCUCGGGGCCCCCGUCGGCGUCGGGUCGGGCGCGAACGGCGUCGUGUUUGGCGGCGCCGCCAAGAUCGACAACGCCGACUUUACCGUGGGCAAAACCUACUUUACGACCACCAAGGGCGACAUCCUCGCCGCCACCGCGUCCGACGUCGGCGCCGAGUACUACUUUUUGAGCAACACCACCGUCGUGUCCAAGGACUCGCGCGUCGGCGUCGCCGUGAGCAAAAACACCAUCUACGUGUCCACGUCGGCCUAA